AUGUCUGAGAACAGGGGCCCGGGUGCGCUGGCCACUUCGGUGACAGUCACCUGUGUCGCUGCCGCCAUCGUCCUCAUACGUCUAUGGAUCCGCAUACGCAUUGUGCGCGCGUCGGGCUGGGACGACUGGAUGAUCACCAUCGCCUGUGCUGGUAUUGCUGGAAUGACCAUCUGCAUCACCCAACAGGUCAAGUACGGACUCGGAAGGCAUAUGAAUGAACUUGACGACCACGAGAAGGAGUAUUUAUACUUCUACUUCUGGCUCUCCAUCAUCUUCUACAACAUCGCCCUGGGCCUCACCAAGGUCUCAAUCCUGAUGCAAUACCUCCGCAUCUUCGCCACCGCCCGGGCGAUGCGCAUGGCCAUCCUAGCCACCAUGGCCUUCAUCGUCCUCUACGCCUUGGAAGCAAUCCUGCUCAGCGUCUUCAGCUGCACGCCCAUCCGCCGCUUCUGGAACCGGCCCAUAGCCGGCACCUGCGUCGACUUCAAAGCCCUGUGGUUCGCCCACGCCGCCAUCAACAUCUUCUCCGACGUCCUCAUCAUCUCGCUGCCCAUGCCCGUCAUCAAGGGCCUCAACAUCCCCACCAAGCAAAAGCUCGCUCUGAUGGGCAUCUUCGCGCUCGGCGCCUUCGGCUGCGUCACCUCCAUCCUCCGUCUCAAAUCCCUCUACGCCGUCGCCGACAGCGUCGACCAAUCCUACGACAACGUCGACGCCGCCGUCUGGUCCAACGUCGAGAUCAACGUCGCCAUCAUGUGCGCCUCGCUGCCCACCUUCAAAGCCCUCAUCAAACGCAUUUUCCCGCACCUGCUCUCGACCGACCCGGCCUCCUCGCGUUCGCCCGCCGGCAAGUACGGCAACACCAUCGGCGGCGGCACGAACGGUGCAUGGCAGCGUUCGCGGAACACGCGGAAGAACGGGACCGUUAUUUCGCUCGAUUGCAUGGAGAGGGGCGAGGGCGGUGGUGGGGUGAUGGGAGGCGUGGUAAAGCAGAAGAAGGAGAUGUUUACGACGACGAUCGAGAAGGGGGUGAGGCAUCAUGGGUAUGGGGGUGAUGGGUCGGAUGGGGAGAGUGAGGGGAGUGGUGAGGGAAUUAAGGUGACGACGGUCGUGUCGCAGCGGGAGGACUCGAGCUCGGAUAAGAAUAUGCUGGAUCCGGAUGAUGUGCACAGCAUUAGUGAGAGUGAGAGGAAGUUCUUUCCGCAUGGGCAUGCAUGA